AAAAUCAUUAUCUCACUCUCACACCCAAAUUAUCUUCUCCUCUUUUCUCUCUUUCUCUCUCAAAAUAAGAAGUAUCUUUGAGUAACCUUUGGCUUUGUUUCUAGCUUUUUCUCGAUCGGUGUUUUUCGUCAGUGUAAAACCUGGAAUCAGAGAGCCACAAGCUGUUAGAGAUGGUGGCGGCAGAUGAGUGGACGAACUCAGCGAUGAGAGAUGGAGAAGUGGUGGCGGAGCUUUUGGUUCGGCUCAAGGAAGCCAAAGUGACGCCUCUUCUAUUCACGAAUCCGACUGUAGCGGCGCUCCGGUGGGGAAUCCGGCAGCCACGGUCUCGAUCUCCGAGAAUAGAAGCUGAAUCGGCUAAAAACUCCAGAUGUAGUCCAAGCACACCGCUCUCUUGGAGCGGCGGUUGCGGUGGUUCGUCUUCUUCACCAUCUGCUUACGUCGACGGUUACGAGGCCACUAGUCGUCGAAUCAGUGGCUCCUUUGCCGUCGGAUCUAGAUUCAAGGUUCUUGUAACCGCAGACUUGGAUUUUCAUGUCAAGAGAUUUCAGAGCCAAAAGGACAUCGACAUUGCAUCGCUUAGAUCACCAUUCAGCGAGCGAGGCAUCGAGAACAAGAACUUGAAAAGAAGGAAGUUGAACACACAGAUUUCUACUUCGCUCUCAGGUUGUAAUUUGGCGGAGGAUCAGAAUGGCAAUGCGGAUGGUAAUUUCCUGCUACCAGAUUUGAAUAUAAUGCCAUGUGAAGAAACCGGUGAACACUAUUCGUCUUUGGGUGUGGAGACAACACUAUAUGGGAUAAGGAUUGUGAGGUGAAGGAACUCACUUAAACCAUGAGAAGUGGUUGGUUUGAGACUCUGGUUCGAUCAGAAGUGAGCUGACUUGAUCAUCUUUUGGCUCGGCUUUUGAUAAGGGUCCGCCACGCAGGAGCUCUGAAAAAAAAAAAGACAUAAGAGAUCUUCUGCGUAUAUAUUCCUCAAGGAACUUUCUUCCAUUGUGGAGUGGUUCUAAUAAAGAUCAUAAGCAAUGUUGUAAGAUCAAGAAAACAAAGAGAAGAAUAGACUUUUAACUGUUUCUCUGGAAGAAAAGAAAAAAGGUCAUUUUGUA